UUGCGUUGUUUUGAUACGACAACAGCACCAGCUCGCGUAGUUCAAUCGGAACAAAGCAAACUGUGCCCGUCGAUCACAGCUCGAGUUGAGAACGAUUUUGCGGACCAUUUAUCAACCGAAAGCAGCUUGCCAGCGCGCAACAAGAUGGGUAAAAUAUUUCUCGAACACAUUAACGGCCAAAAGCUGUACAACUGUGCCGCUUGCGAGACCAAUCUGACCAACAAGCGCGAGCUGAUCAGUACCAGAUUCACUGGGGCUACAGGUCGAGCCUAUCUGUUCAAGCGUGUGGUGAACAUAACGUACUCCCAGGUGCAGGAUCGCAUCAUGCUUACCGGACGUCAUAUGGUGCGGGACGUAAUGUGCAAGCACUGCAAGGCGAAGCUGGGCUGGAUGUACGAGUUUGCGACCGAGGAUACACAGAAGUACAAGGAGGGCCGUGUCAUCCUCGAGCACGCGCUCAUUACCGAAUCGGAAGGUUUCCCAGAUGCUUAGCGGAGACGGCGCCGUUGACGGUAGAGAUGUCGGAUACCGAUACCAAACGCCCACACAUCUGGCUCUGGUAGUCGAAUCUGUCGCUCCCGGAACCGAUAUUUCAAAUUUUCGCUAUCAAUUCUCUCUUCUUUUCAAUACGACUUCGACUAUCGGUGAGUGGUUUGGAAUGGUGGUUCCGCACAAUGAUUAAAACGAUCUUCAAUUAAUCAUUGUUAUGCACGUUCUCUUUUCUUUAAAUAUUCUAUCAUUUCCCGUAUCUCCGCUCAUGUUAUUCUAAGGGUUGUUUGUGAUCGUUCGCGCGUGCGAGUGUUCUAGGUUUAAGUUUGCACGGAACAUUUAUUUACCUUUUUCUUUUAUAUAAAACCAUAUACAAUUGACUGAACUUUUAGCUGUAGAAUUGCUAGGUUGGACUAGCUACCGAUGGAGGAAUAUAUAGCGUAAGAAGAAAAAUAAAUCUCAAAUCGUUAAAUUUUCGAUUUCGAUUACGGAAACAUAC